GCGGCCAUCUCGUGGUCCCUCUUCUUCCUCCUAUGCCUCGUCGUCCCCGUGGCCUCCCGCCUCUUCGUGUCCUACUCGACACCCGCCCGCCGCGCCUACGACCUCGUCGUCCAGCUCUCCCUCGUCCGCCGUCUCCGCCCUCUCCUACCGCUCCGCCUCUCGCCUUCGUCCGCCGGCUACGGCCUGCCGCCGCUUUCCCUCUUCCUCGACAAACUCGUCAACGAGUCCGAGCGCGUCCGCCUGAACUACACCGCCCAGCUCAACCGCUCGUUCAAGAUCCUCUCGUAUUUCGUCACGCCCUGUUUCAUCGCCCAGGCGCUCUACAAGGUCUUCUGGUACUCCACCGGGCAGGAGCUCGUCACUCCACACUCACAUUUCCUCAUCUUCGGGAGCCCCGUGGCGACCGAGUCCGUCGCGUGCGCCCUCGAGCUCGCGUCGUGGAUAUACCGCACGGCGAUUUUCUUCCUGGUCUGCGUGCUGUUUAGGCUGAGUUGCUUCCUGCAGAUUCUGAGGCUGGAUGACUUUGCGGCGUCGUUUCAGAACGCGCCGGACGUUGGGUCGGUGCUGAGGGAGCAUCUGAGGAUCAGGAGGCAGCUGAGGAUCAUCAGCCACCGGUAUCGGUCCUUCAUUGUGAGCAUUCUUGUGUUUGUGACCGGGAGCCAGUUUGUGGUGCUGUUUCUCACGACUCGGCCUGGCGCGCUCGUCAGCUGGUCCAAUGCCGGAGACCUCGCGCUGUGCUCUAUAGGCCUGGUCACAGGGCUCCUCAUCUGCCUCCACAGCGCGGCAAAGAUCACGCACAAGGCCCAGGCAGUGACAAGCCACGCUGCAACAUGGCAUGUUUGCGCCACCAUCGACUCCUUCGACGACGACGACGACCCGGAGAUGCCCUCAUCUGAUCAAGGAUAUGCAGCCGCCGCGGUAUACCAGAGGGCUGAAUCUGAGGACGACGACGAUGAGUCUCAGUCUGAGGAUGAACUUGAUGCAGCUGCUAAACUUGUGCCGGCACAGUUUAACGCUACUUCCUUUCAAAAGAGGCAGUCGUUAGUGACGUAUUUGGAGAACAACAGAGCAGGGAUCACAGUAUUUGGAUUCGUGGUGGACAGGACGUGGCUUCAUGCUUUGUUUAUGAUCGAGUUCUCUCUCGUGAUGUGGAUGCUAGGAAAAACUAUUGGCAUCUAGCUAGCUGAUAAGCAACAUUAAUCUACAACUGAGGAUGAGGACUGAUCCAAGUUCAAUCCCCAACUGGUUUUAGCAAAGGGAUUUUGUUUGGCGAGCCCUUCUUUUGUAAUUAAUUAAUCUGCCAUUUUGUAAUUAAUGCUGUUAAACUGUCAUGGCCUCCUCGAUCUCUCUGGGUCAGUGCAUGCCACGUUGGUGCUCAUUAAGCGCCUAAAAAUUUCUCGUUUGAUUGACAUGUCAAAGGAAUUUUGGUAGGAAUGUACAU